CGAAAUUUUCACUUUCACUUCAAAAAGUUUUUAGAGGUUAUGUUCGAUUUGUUCGUGUGUUUACUUGUGACUGUCAUGCUGAUAGAAAACGUUCUUUAAAUAGUUCAAACAAUUUAAUUAGUAAUUUAUUUUACCUGUAAACUUUGUUAAAAACUAUAUUGUCAAUAAAUUUUUAAUGCAAUGCUUUGGUAUAGUUGCUGGAUUAUAAUUAUUCGAAUAAUAUCAAAAUUACUGUAAGUUACUCGGGUAACAAUGAUUGUAAUAAAGUGAUUAUUUUUUGAAAUUCUACCAAUUUAUAACUAAUAAAAAUUAAGAUAAAAUUUCUAAUUUUAUCAAUUCAUUGUUAUUUUACUCAAUAAAUAAAUAUUUUGUUCAAUAAAUAAUGGAAAAUACAUUGAAUUUGAACGUUGGGAUUCUGGGACAUGUUGAUAGUGGUAAAACAUCUUUGGCAAAGCGUAUCAGUCAAAUAGCAAGCACUGCAUCUUUUGACAAAAAUCCACAAUCUCAGGAACGCGGUAUAACCAUUGAUCUAGGAUUUAGCUCCCUAAAAUGUCCAAUACCAGAUCAUUUGAAAGGACAAAAUGACAAACUCAAACAUCUUCAAUUUACAUUCGUUGAUUGUCCUGGACAUGCAUCGCUUUUGAGAACAGUUAUUGGUGGUGCCCAGAUAACUGACAUGAUAAUUCUGGUACUGGAUAUCUGCAAAGGCAUUCAAACACAGACUGCCGAGUGUUUGGUUCUUGGAGAGGUCACUUGUAGCCGGAUGGUGGUUGUACUUAAUAAGAUAGACAUGAUACCUGAAGAGAAACGUGUUUCUACUAUCCAGAAGGUGUCAAAGAAAAUGCAGCUGACUUUGAGAGACUCAGUUUUCAAAGAUUCGCCAAUAGUUAGUCUGGCUGCCAACCCCGGAGGCUCUGACAUCUCGGCUCAAAUACCAGUUGGGAUAGAUAGCUUGAUAGAAGUGCUGAAAAGACACGCAGUGAUUCCAGAACGAAGUCCUUUGAAGCCUUUCCUGUUCGCAGUGGAUCACUGCUUUGGAAUUCGAGGCCAGGGUACGGUGAUCACAGGCACUGUCCUACAAGGAAGUGUGUCGGUGGGAGAUGUGAUAGAAAUUCCCUCGCUGAAACUGGAGAAGAAAGUGAAGUCGAUGCAAAUGUUCCACCAAAAUGUCACCUCCGCGCACCAAGGCGAUCGCCUGGGCAUUUGUGUCAAGCAGCUUGACUCCAACCACCUCGAGCGAGGCAUCAUUUGUGCACCAUCCUACUCGUCAACUCUCCACGCCGCCAUUAUACCGCUAAAUGUCAUCAAAUACUUCAAAUCCAACCUCAGAUCCAACUCUAAAUUCCAUAUCAGUAUCGGCUAUGAGACUGUAAUAGGUAGGAUCACGAUUUUCCGGGUUUGUCAUUCACAAGGUGAUAAUGAUUUGAAAGAUGUUACUGUAAAAUCACAAGAUAAUAUUCGUAGUUCGAAGAGUGAAGUUUGUAAUACCCAAGAUAGUGUUGGUAAUUCAAAAGAUAAUGUUUGUAAUACCCAAGAUAAUGUUGGUAAUUCUAAUGAUACAUUUAAUACUCAACGUAAUGUUAGUAAUUCACAAAAUCUUUUUAAGAAUUCAGAGGCAAGUGUUGCCAAUUCACAACAUUCUGUUGCUAAUUCACAAACUUUUGGUGAUUCAGAAAAUAGUAUUUCGAAUCCCCAAGAAGUUGUAUAUGAUAUGGAUAAAGAAUACUUGUACAUCAAGGAGUAUUGCCAUGUUGUUGAUAAAAAUAACCCAGAUAUGAACCGCAAUGAAACUAAGUUACAACAUUUUGUUUUGAUAGAAUUUGAAACCCCCGUACUAACUACCCCCAACAGUUUAGUGAUAGGGUCAAGAUUGGAUAUGGAUAUGCAUAAAAACAACUGUAGACUUGCGUUUUGGGGUGGUUUAAUUUGGGGGUUUACUAGUAAAAACUACCCCCAAACUGAUUUACCUAGUUUGAAAGUGUUCAGCUUAAAAUCCAAAGUGGGAACGGUUGAUAGGGUGGUAGAUAGGUACACAGUGAUUGGAAGGAAUAUUUUCAAAAAAGAGACGAAUUUGGGGCAGUUUGUAGGGCUGGAGGUGCAGUUUUCAACAGGGGAGGUUGGGAGGAUUGAGGGCGGUUUUGGGCUGAGUGGCAAGGUGAAGAUUUGUGUUAGGGGUGGGUUGAAGGAGGAGACAGUGAGUAGGGUUGAGGGGAAGAAGAAGAAAAGUAAGGUAUGUGAUGUAAGUGAUGUAAAAGAGGGGAUGAAUUUGGAGCCUGUCAGAUUUACGAUGUGUUUCAAAAAGUUUAAAUACGAUUCUUCUAAGAAGAUUACACAGUGAAAUCAUAGAGGAAACAUUGCAUAAGUGAAUAUCCCAUGGUACAGAGUGUUUCAGAGAAACGGGGAAUUUAUGUUCUGACCAAAAACUACACAACAUCUUGAAGAAAUUGAAAAAAUAUAGUGUAUAUGUAGACAUUUGAGACUCAUGAGCUUUA